AUGAAGUCCAUCUCUCUUAUGCUCGCCCUCCUUCUCAGCAACACUAUCGCUGCUCCUGCUGGGAACACUUAUGCGGCCUUGGAAGCUCGAGACCAAGCCACUGUCCUGGAUGCCGUUCUUCAAGGUACCGCAGUUAAGGCAACGGAGACAGGUAGUUUGCUUCCCUCGGAGCUCGCGCAGGCUGGGCGGUCGGCUUUCCAUCUCAGUGCCAUUUAUCAGAGGCGGGAUGGAACAAGCAUUGCCGCGCGAGAGGAAGCGGUUCAUAAGACUGGCGCCAUCCUCUGCGGAAUUCUCAAUACUGUCGGCGACCUCCUGGAUGGCCUUCUAGCUGGCGUUGGCAGCAUUGGUACCGGCGGAAAGGUCGUUUCCGCCGGCACUGACAUUAAUAGCGACCAGCUUCUCGGUGCCCUGACUGGUACUCUAAAUGGUGUCGGUGUAGCUGUAACCGGUGUCACAGGCGGCCUGUUGAAUGGCGUCGGUGGUCUACUCACUGGGCUGCUGGGAGGCCUGCUAGGAGGAGGUGUGAAAGCCAACCAGGGUCAGAUCAUCGAUGGGUUGUCCACUACACUGAACGGCCUCGCUCAGAGCGGGUUGGGUGGUGCUGUGAAUAGCGCGAUAGGAAACACUGCCGGUGGCUUGGGAACUGCAGCUGGCAGCCUCGGAACCACAGCAGGAAACUUGGGAACCACCGCCGGUAACCUCGGAAACACCGCUGGCAAUCUUGGAAACACAGCGGGUAGCUUGGGAACUGCAGCGAACAACCUGGGUAACACGGCUACCAAUCUCUUGAAUGGAGGCAAAGGCGGCUCGGGCAACCUGGGAACUGCAACUGGCACUAUCGGAAGUGCAGCAGGAAACUUGGGAAGCACCGCCGGAAACCUCGGAAAUACAGCUGGCAGCCUGGGAACUGCAGUGAACAACCUGGGUAACACAGCUACUGAUCUAUUGAACGGAGGUAAGGGUGGCGCAGGCAGCUUGGGAACUAGCCUAGGAACGGCUGCCAACAACGCGGGCAACACUGCGACCACGCUCUUGGAUGGAGGCAAAGAUGGCUCGGGCAGCCUGGGAAAUGCAGCUGGUACUAUCGGAAGUGCAGCAGGAAGCUUGGGAACUACCGCCGGCAACCUCGGAAACACAGCUGGAAACCUCGGGUCGACAGCAGGCAACCUGGGAACCAGCCUAGGAACGGCCGUCAACAAUGCGGGCAACACGGCUACAACGCUCUUGGACGGAGGCAAGGGCGGCUCACGCACUCCUGGAAACCUGGGUAACCUUGGCAGUCUUGGCGCCGUGGGAACUGUUAUGGUUGGUGGCUCCGGCAGCAUUGGAUCAACCCAGGGGAGCCAAGGUGGAAGUAACUCUGGUCUCCUGGGCGAUCUGACUACGUCCCUGGGUGGUUUUGCCAAUAUCAGCCUCUUGAACAAUGCUCUGAUCAGUGCUGCGACCAAGGGCAAGAAGAUUGAUGUCAAUGCCCUCAUCAGCGUUGUGAAGGGACAGAACUGCAUCUGUACCCCCGCCAAGCGCGACGACGUCUUCGAGGAGCGCGACAUCUCCGAGUCCGUCGUUUCUGAUACCCCCGCGACUAAGCGGUCGGAUGAUCGUGCUCUGCUUAAUGUUGUCAGCAGGAUGGUGGCCAAGAUUGCCGACGAUAUGCCCGAACUCAAGGCUGAUAGCCAGAAGCUCGCCCAGAUUGUUGAGAACAUCCACAAGGUGGCCGAAAAGCGACUGGCGGCAAAGAAGGCGUAA